CAGACUUCCUCACCCUUACUCCCUUCCAUUCUCUCUCUGUCACAAGCACUCCCUCACUGACUCCUCAAAGAGUGUAUUUCCUUGGCUGACUUACAGAGAAAGAGAAAGGGGAGAGAGAGAGAGAGAGCGAGAGAGAGGAGAAUGUAAAGAGAAUGUGUGUAUGAGAGAGGGGAGUAGGGAGAGUGGAUAAGCGAGUAGAGCGAGAGAGAGACCCAGAUCUCUUUGCUGUAGCAUUUUCCUCUUGACCUGGAAUCCUAGAGGAGGAGAAAUGAGAGAGCAGAGCUGGUCCGUGUGAUGGCAUUCACUCGGUAACAAGGCAGAUGAACAUGAGUAGUAGUGAGAAGAGGAAUAAGAAGAGGUCGUCAGAGGACAUCGACAUACAGAAGGACAGACUGAGUCUCCUGCAGGAUUACCUUCAGCACCACUCCAAACCUAACCCUGGGGACCAGAAAGAACAGGUAGAGGAUGAGAUCCAAGAGCAGUGGGGUGGAAAGCCCAGCCAAUGGAGUACUGAGGGUUCCCCAGGCAAUGCAUGACAUAAACCAAGAAGAGGAAGUAAAUCUGCAUGCACCUAUAAAGAGCCUAAAGGUCAAAGUUCAACCAAACAAUGAGGAAGUGGAGGAGUUGGUGGUCUCUGACAUAGAAAAGUCAACUGAGGACAGCUCAGGGACUAGUGACCAAAGACUGGGAAUCAUCAACUUUACUAAAGAGGACCUUCUGAGGCUGCUAGGUGUCAUGGAAUGUGAGGUUCAGGCGAUGGAGGAUGUUAUCUGUGUGCUGAAGACUGAGAAGACACGGACGACUCUGGAGUCCCACUAUGGUUCUACAGUUCCUACCACAGCCCUCCAGGCCUUACAGAGAGACAGCUUUCUCACCACCAUCCGGACACACAAUGACAAGGUCUACCCGAGGCCAAUGGCUGAACUGGACCAUCUACAGGAGAAACACAAGGACACGUACCGGCGCAUGCUGGAACAGCUUCUAUUGGUUGAGAAGUGUCACCGGCGCACCGUGCACGAGCUGGACAAUGAAAAACGCAAACACACUGACUACAUGAGCAAGAGUGACGACUUCACUAACCUACUGGAGCAGGAGAGAGAGAGAUUGAAGAGGUUGCUGGAGAAUGAGAAAGCCUACCAGGUGCGUAAAGAGAAGGAGCACACCAAGCGUCUGGAGAAGGUAAGAGAGGAGCUGGUCAAACUGAAGUCCUUUGCCCUGAUGCUGGUGGAUGAGCGGCAACUCCACCUGGAGCAGAUGGAUCAGCAGAGCCAGAGGGUCCAGGAGCUGAUCCAGCAGCUGCAGGAGAGAGAGCAGACCCUGAACGACACCUGCGGCCGAGCACAGGAGGACUGCCAGAGGGCCCUGAGCUUGGAGGGCAAACUGAAGGAACACCAGGCCAAGUUUACCCAGGAGCAAGAGGAGAUGACAGCCAAGCUGGUCAGCCAGGAGUCCCAGAACCGCCAGCUGGAUGCCAAGCUGUCUGGACUCACCCACAGACUGGAGGAGCUGGAGGAGAGCAACGUAGCACUGAGGAGGUCAGAAAAGGAGCUGCGCGAGCUGAGGGAUAAGAUCAGCAAAGGGGAGUGUGGGAACUCUAACCUAAUGACAGAACUAGAGAACUUCCGCAAACAGGUAUUUGAGAUGAAAGGGCAGGACGAGGAAAUCACCAAGGCAGAGGUCCAGUACAGGGAGAUGAGGAGGAGGCUGCAGGAAGAGGAGAGCCAAAGGAAAGAACUCAAACUGCAGGUGGAGAAGCUCCAGAGAAGGAUGGUGAAGCUGGAGAGACUAGAGGGGGAGUUCGACGCCAGCAAGGCAGAGUGCUCCCAGUUACGCUCCACUCUGGAGAGAGGGAAGGGCAUGUCAAAGGAGCUCAACGAUGAACUGGUAGCAGUUAAGAUACGCAUGAAAGAGAUGGAAUCUUCUGAGUUGAGACUGGAAAAGACUGAGCAGAGCCUUAAAGAUGACCUGGCGAAGCUGAAGUCAUUCACUGUGGUAAUGGUUGAUGAGAGGAAAAAUUUGAUGGAGAGAAUGAAGUUAGAGGACAAGAAUUAUGAUUUGAGUAAGAUGUUCAAGGCUGAGCAGGGCAAGGUUAUGGAAGUGACUGAGAGAUUAAUAGAGGAGAGUAAAAAGCUCCUGAAGUUGAAAUCAGAGAUGGAAGCCAAGGUAGGGACCCUUACCAGAGAGAAAGGAGAGCUUAGUAUUAGGCUUGCUUGUGAAAUGGAAAAGAGCAAGGAUCUUAGCUACAAAGUCAGCCAAAUGAACAAGAGGUUAGAUGGAUUGGAGGAGGAAGGAAAUAUAGGCAAAAAUAACAUAGCAAAGAGGGAACUGGGAAGCUUGUCAGAUGGGGGUUUGAAAGAGUACAACAGGGUGAAGGAGCUAACAUUUGAAAUAGAGCAAUUAAAAAAACGCCUCAAGCAGCUGGAGGUUGUGGAGGGAGAUUUGAUAAAGACAGAGUAUCAGUACGACCUGCUGGAGAAAAAGUUCCUGACAGAACAAAACAAGGCCCACAUUCUCUCCCAGCAGGUGGAGGAGAUGAAGAGUCAGAUUUCCCUGGAUAAAGGCAUAGAGAAAGGAGAGGUGGAGAGCCAAGAAGUAGACCUACGACAGCGCUACAAGACGGAAGAGGCCAAAACCAGAGACUUGCAGAAUGACAUAGUAGCCCUCAAGGAGAAGAUCCACGAGCUGAUGAACAAAAAAGACCAGCUCUCUCAGCUCCAAGUGAACUACUCCUUCCUCCAGCAGAGGUUCCUAGAGGAAAAGGAGAAGAAGAACAAGAUGAGCAUUGAGGUCCUCCACCUCACCAAAGAGCUGGAGGUGACCAAGAGCCACAGCCGCACUCUAAAAUCCAGCCUGAAUGGGAGGAGGAUGGUGGACAUCGCCAUGGCGUCCACUGGAGUGCAGACUGAUGCACUGGCCACUGAGAUGGCAGAAGAGGACACCCCAGCUGUGUUCAUCAGGAAGUCUGUGCAGGAAGAGAAUCACAUCAUGAGUAACCUUCAACAGAAGUGCCUCAAGAAUCCCACAGAGAAAGCUGGUGGUCAAGAACACUUCUCACUCUCUGCUGCAGCUGACCUCAGCAUGAAGAAGUCUUGGAUUCCCUCGAUGCGGAAGAGGGAAAAUAUUCCUCAGGGUGGUAAUGUGGUCAAGUCUGUGGGUAUCAACAGUGAAUCCAUGCAUUCUGAGCUGACCAUGUCCCAAAAGGAAGGGCAGCCUUUACGCAUCAGAGUGACCCCAGACCACCAGAACAGCAUGGCUACCUUGGAGAUCAGCAGUCCCACUGCUGAGGACCUUUACUCCAGCUCCAACCUCAGUCCCACGCUACAGGUCCACCAGAAGUCUCAGAUUACCAUCAUUCCCACCCACACCCACACCACCACCUCUUCAAGGGGCAGAGCCAGCGCCAGGCCAGGGGGACCAGAGAGGGCCAAGUCCCCCGUCAGCAUCACCACCAUCUCCAGGGCCAAGUUACCAGAGUGCAGCAUGGCCUCCUCAUCUUCCUCAUCCUCUUCCUCUUCAGGCAGGCCCAUGUCACCUAUAUCCAUCAUGACGGUCAGCACAUCCAUGCUGUCCAACAUUUCCGCCACCCCAGAGCUCCAUGAGAUGACCAUGGCCCGGACAAUGUUCAAGGUCACCCCUGAGAAACAGAUGGUCCCCACGCAGAUCAGGAAGUACAACUCCAACGCCAGUAUCAUCACCACCACAGAGGACAAUAAGAUCCACAUCCACCUCCAUGGCUCCCAGUUCCAUAAGGGCCCCUCUGAGGGCCACAACAACAACAACACAGGCCCCAAGGUGGUGGUUAGGCCUGUUGGCAUGGCAACGGAGUGUAACAGAGAGAUAACGUUAUCCACGGGCACAGUGUUGCGCUCCACUCGCCACAGCACCUCAGCUCUCAAAACCACACCCAGUAAAGUGAUGAGCAGCAUCACUAUCACUCCAGUCACGUCCACCCCUGCCAGACCAACACAAGCUGUGCCUGGGCAUGAUGCCCACCCAUCCCGGGCAGGAUCCACCCGUAUCCCCAUCUCCAAGAGCCUGAAGACGGGCAAAACCAUGCUGGGAGUUCUGGGGAUGUCUGGAGGAAUGAGAGCAGAGAGCCAGUCCAUGAGGAUAGAGCUUAAGAAAUCCACAAUCAGCAGCACAACAGCCUUUCAAAAUGGAGGGAAAAGCUGAUAGAGCCAGAGACACUAACAGGGAACAUUAAUCAAACAAGCUGCCAACCAUGGUAGUGUUCUAUGGGUCAGAGGUGCUCAGUGUAAAAGUUCCAAUGAAGUACCCUGAGGCAGAAAGAGAGAGGGGGGAUAUUCAGACAAGAGAAAGUAAUUUGUCUCCUCUCUAUUGAGCAGGAAGCUGAGUGGACCAUUGUGUUUUCGUCCAACUGAAAACAAUAUACAUAUUUAAACAUUAUACAAUAAAAUGUUGUACUUGAAAUUAUGUAUAUAUAUUUUUUAAACAAAUUCUAUUCUGUUUUCAUGUCGAUGAAAUCAACUUAACUGCUUUCUUAGUUAACAAUUGGCAUGUGUGCAUUUUUUUAAGGGAAUAUAACCAAUGUGGAUUGUUAGGUAAUGCUGCUACUAACUGCUUUAUGCAUUAGUUAUGUACUGCUUCACCUAGUGAGCUUUUCAUGACGCAUUUUGUUACUGCAUUUAGUACUGAGGCCAAAUCAUUUGGUUUGCGGCAAAUUAAAUGUGUCCUUUAUAUAUCAAGGUUUUUGUAAUGACAUGUAAUUUAAAUUAAAUACUUUUUUGAAAGAUGACCUACUUCAGCAUAUUAAACAGAUAAUAUUGCUAAGCGCAAACAUGCAUUGUGUUCAUAAUAUUUGUCACACCCUGAUCAGUUUCACCUGUCUUUGUGCUUGCCUCCACCCUCCUCCAGGUGUCGCCCAUCUUCCCCAUUAUCCCCAGUGUACUUAUACCUGUGUUCUCUGUUUGUCUGUUGCCAGUUCAUUUUGUUUCGUCAAGACUACCAGCGUUCUUCCCGUGCGUGUCUGUCGCUAGUUCCUGUUUUCUAGCUUUCCUGGUUUUUGACCAUCCUGCCUGCCCUGACCCUGAGCCUGCCUGCCGUUCUGUACCUUGUCACACCACCCUGGAUUACUGACCUCUGCUUGCCCUGACCCUGACUGCCGUUCUAUACCUUUCGGAUUCUGCUCUGGACUACUGACCUCUGCCUGCCGUUGACCUGUCGUUUGCCUGCUCCCCUGUUUCUGUAAUAAACUUUUGUUACUUCGAAACUGUCUGCAUCUGGGUCUUCUCCUGAGCCUUGACAUGUUAAAGUUAUCUAAAAUCACCUUGGAUGCAUUUUAUGCCCAUGUGCAUCAGUUGAACCAGACUCUGUAGCAAGUCAUUCAUCUCACAUUCAUUUACUAAAUAGUCCGUGUUUGAAUUGACUUGCUGUGUGUUAUCAAAUUGAAAAAAUGUAUCAAAACAAAUGGCCAUUUACACCCAUGCUUGUGCUGUGAUACACUAGAGACAAAUUAUCAUGGUCAUCUCGCAAUUGUGGAGCGAUCACUUACAUUGGCCUUUCAGAAGUUAAAAUCAACUCAGUUAACAAGCUGCCUGUGUCUACAAUCACCAACCAUGUGUCCUCUAAGUGAAAGAAUAAUAUUGUUUCCAAUCGAGCAGAUGAGUUACAUUUGCUCAAUCAACCAAUGAGAGACAGUCAAACCAGUGUCAUUAGCUGGGUUUGUUGUGAGUCAAAGGGUAGCGAGACUCCAUGCGGAAAAGUACUAUACUGAAA